AUGAGCCUGGUUUCCGCCCCACAUCGGAUCGGAUCCCAAAGAUCCGGAAUUUCUAGCGCCGCCGGAUCCGUCCGACUCCCCGUCAUCCAACAUCCUUCUGCCCGUCUCGCUGCGCCUGAAACAAUCUCCAUCGCUGGCCGGUCUUCCGCGCUCUCCCAAUCCAUCGCUCUCGAUCAAGCCGAUUCCGUCCUCCGAGCUCCCGCUUCGAACUUUUCCAAAGCAACUUCGAGAACAGCUGCUUCUUCUCGAUUCACCAAUGCAACUGGCAGUCGAGUUUCAAAGCCUGAAACAGUGGCGAGACUAGCUGUUGAUGAAAUUGAAGCGAUUUUGAAGCAGAAAUUGGCCGGCGCGGGCCAUCAUCAGUUAAAAACUGCAUGGGCAAACAACGAUCUUGACGGAAAAGGACUGAUAAACCGCGAUGUCUUCCGCAUUGUCUUAUCAAAAUUUCUAAAUCGCGACAUAUCUUCCCGUCAUAUCGAACUACUGCUUCAGAGACUUCACUGCGCGCACCUGACGCAACUGCGAUUCUCGGAUGUUUAUUCCCACUUCAAAUCGGAAAGCAAAUCCACUGGGCUUCCACUUUGGCUUGACAAGGCGCCGACCAAGAAUGUCCCUGGCGACGUUGUUACAGCUUCUCAUGCUUGGUCGAAAUUGAAGUCAAAUUGGGGAACAUUGAAGGAUCUUCUGCCCGUUGAUUUUGUCGCUGGAUGGGUGGUGAAAGAUGAGUUCAGAGAAUUCUUGAUCCGCCGAUUCGAUCUCCAUUUCGACUCAAAGAAAGAAUACUCCAAAUUAUGGAAACGAAUCGAUUUGAACGGAUUCAACGCGGUCAAAGUAGAAGACAUCACAAAGCGAAUCGCGGGGCCAGUACGACCAUUUUCUUCAGAAGAAUCGAGAGCGAAGAGGAAGCCAAAUAAGUUCAACGAUAUCACCGUUAUUGAACGAAAAUCAGCAGAAGCGGAAGAUUCCCUCGCUGCGCCAAAAACAGCAGUUUCUGAAAGAAAAAUGAUCAAGGGCAAUAUCGAGCAAUGGCUAAAAUACAAGUUCCGCGAAGGCUUCAAAGACCUCCGGGAUGCCUUCAAGCUUCAUGAUCGCUCGGACACGGGGAGAAUCGGAAGGAAAAAUUUCAGACGAGUUCUGGGAAAAUAUGGGCUUCAUUUGAAAGAUGAUCAUGCUCUGAAUACGCUGCUCUCGAGAGUCGGGAUUUUGGAGCCGGGAGAUGUAAAUUACAAGAUGUUUUUGACGCGAUUUCAGGAUCGGUCGGAUCAGGGAAUGACCUACGAAGUCCUCAAGAGAAAGGAGAAGAAGAUUCUUGAGCGGCCAGGAACUCCAGGAUCGACUGUCACCCGAAUCGAGUCGAAAAUACUGUCGAUGCUUCAAUCCGACUACCUCUCUCUCGUCGCUGCUUUCCACAAAUUGGAUCGCGAGAACAAGAAUAUCAUCGCCAAAUCUGAGUUCCAAGCCCUCCUUGAAUCCCGAUUCGGCCUUGAAAUGGACUCAGAUGAGUUCAACAGGCUUUUGAAAAAUGUCCCGUUGGAUAAAAAGGGGAACAUAAGAUACCCAGAAUUUCUUUCUCAAUUUGAUGCUGGAAGAGAUAACAGGUCUCUUUUUGCACCGACAGAAUAUACGUCUGCUUCUAGAGCUCGCCCUGUCAAGAAAAGAAAGACUGAAGAUUUGAACAACUUAAUCGAAGUCGCCCUGCAAGAAAGCGUCUCCAAAGUCGAAGAAUAUUUUCGCGAAGUCGACCAGCUCAACCAUGGAUGGCUAACUGUCGAAACGCUUUACCAACUGCUCCAAAAACUCGACCUCUCCCCGCCUAUUUCGAGAGACGAAUGUAGAAAGCUCUGGCCGCAGUUUCGGCUGAAUGCGAAGAACACGCUUGAUUGGGAUGAGUUUUUGAGGCAUUACAUGUAUUCUCAAGAGACCGCUGCUUUCCCAAAUGCAAAAAGAGCACCGCCGAGAAAGGGAGAUGAUGAUUUGAACAGAAGAUCGAAUAAAUUGAACGGAGUUGUUUAUUAUCUCAAAACAGAAAUUCGAACAGCCGUGGAAAUGAAAUUUGACGAGUUUCAAGAAAAGUUCUUGUCAAUGGAUCCUUAUCAUACGGGUUUCAUAACUGCAGAAGAAUUCAGCGAUAUUCUGAAAGAAACAUGCGAUGAACUGGAAGAUGUCGAUGCCGAAGAAAUUUGCAAAGCGUACGACACAAAUCAUGACGAUAGAGUUAAUUAUAUCGAGUUUUUGAAGCCGUUUGCGGAUAGAAGAAGGAUCAUUAGAGGAGAUGAUAUUCAUGUUUUGAAAAGUAGAGUAACUGCUUUCGGAGAAGAAAGUGACAUUCUGAAGAAAUUUAUUGAACUCAUUGUUGACAAGAAAAUCGCUCACGCGACAGUAAGAAGAGAAUUCCGCAAGUGUGACUUGAAAAAUAGCGGCAAAGUUCCGAUCAGCGAUAUGAAAACAAUCGUCAGACGCUUUGGAAUUUCUUUUGACUCUGAUGAUAUUUAUAAACUAGCAACGGUGCUAGACAGAAACGUAACUGGCUACAUUCAAUACUCGAAUAUCAUCACACUAGUCCAGAAUAAAACGCCGAAGCCAAGCCCGAUCUGCUGA